CGGAUUGGCGGGGGCGGGUCCCUCCUCCUGGGGACUGUCCCCGGGAGGGUCCGCGGCUCACAAGAGGUCACCUCUGCCGCCAAGGCUGCACCUCCGUUUCCAGCCUCCGUUGUGGGGACACUGUGGGGACACCUGCCGCUGCCAUGAAGAUCGCGGUCAUCGGGCAGAGCCUGUUCGGCCAGGAGGUGUACCUCCAGCUGAGGAAGGACGGCCACCAAGUCGUGGGUGUCUUCACCAUCCCGGACAAGGACGGGAAGGCCGACCCCCUGGGUGAGUCACGCAGAGGGGUGGCCCUGGGGGACCCCGGAAUAUUGGGGGGUCCCCCCCUGCACACACCCAGCCUUACCUACCCCACAUCCCGCCCCUGGGGCUGCUGGAACGUUCUGGAAGCCGCACUCAGAUGUCCCCUCAAUGGGACCCCAGGGUCCCCGUCUGAGCCUCUAGGCCGAGGCCGGCGGAGGCUGCUCUCGGGGCCUCGAUCCCUGCCCGGCCUCGGCCUCGCGGAGCCGGGACAACACCGGCCCCCGCCGGCCUCCCUGCCUCCGCCUUGGGUGCCCGCGGGGAGCUCGCUCCCACUCCCGACCUCGAGCGAUCCUCCCUCCUCGGCCUCCCUCCCUGGUAGCUGGGACGCCAGGCGCGAGCCUCCUCGCUCUGAGAUUCCGCCUUUACCGUGCCUUCUCGGUGACACACGUGUUUCCCCGUGUCCCUGUCCCCCCCGCGCGACAGUCUGGCCACAGGGGCCCCGGCAGAGGCUGCCCCAGGCAGUAGAGGCCGGGAGUAGAGGCCAGGAGCUGCCUCUGGCGGAAACUGAGGCCAGGGAGCCUCCUCUGACGGCCUCCCUGUUUGUCACCCAGUUGUGGGGACACUGUGGGGACACCUGCCGCUGCCAUGAAGAUCGCGGUCAUCGGGCAGAGCCUGUUCGGCCAGGAGGUGUACUUCCAGCUGAGGAGGGACGGCCACCAAGUCGUGGGUGUCUUCACCAUCCCGGACAAGGACGGGAAGGCCGACCCGCUGGGACCCUGAUCCACGGAGAUAAGAAAGGAGGGUUCACUGUCUUCUGGGCAGACGACGGCCUGGACACAGGGGACCUUCUGCUGCAGAAGGAGUGCGAGGUCCUCCCGGACGACACCGUGAGCACCUUGUACAACCGCUUCCUGUUCCCCGAAGGCGUCAAAGGGAUGGUACAAGCGGUGAGGCUCAUCGCAGAGGGCAAGGCCCCCAGGAUCCCCCAGCCCGAGGAGGGAGCCACCUACGAGGGGAUCCAGAAGAAAGAGACGGCCAUGGUGAACUGGGACCAGCCGGCGGAGGCCAUCCACAACUGGAUCCGAGGCCACGACAAGGUCCCCGGCGCCUGGACGGAGGCUGGCGGGCAGAGGCUGACCUUCUUCAACUCGACCCUCAACCUGGCGGGCGUCGUGCCGGAGGGCGACCCCCUGCCCAUCGCGGGGGCGCGGAGGCCCGGCGUGGUCACGAAGGCCGGCCUCGUCCUCUUCGGGAACGACGACAGGAUGCUGCUGGUGAAGAACCUCCAGCUGGAGGACGGCAAGAUGAUCCCGGCCUCCAACUUCUUCAAGGCGGCCGAAAGCAGCGCCCUGGAGCUCACGGAGUCCGAGCUGGUCACCGCGGAGGCCGUGAGGAGCGCCUGGCAGCGGAUCCUGCCCAACGUCCUGGAGGUCGAAGACUCCACCGACUUCUUCAAGGCCGGGGCAGCCUCCGUGGACGUGGUGAGGCUCGUGGAGGAAGUCAAGGAGCUCUGCGAGGGGCUGGAGCUGGAAAACGAGGACGUUUACAUGGCCACCACCUUCGGGGACUUCGUCCAGCUCUUAGUGAGGAAGCUUCGAGGGGAGGACGAGGACGCUCAGCCUCCCAUCGACUACGUGGAGCUGGCUGUCAACAAGCGCUGCGUCCGCAUGCCCCACCAGCUCUUCAUUGGGGGCGCCUUCGUGGAGGCCGAGGACGGCAAGACCUACGACACCAUUAACCCGACCGACGGAAGCGUCAUCUGCCAGGUGUCCCUGGCCCAGGCCAGCGACGUGGACAAGGCCGUGGCUGCAGCCAAGGACGCCUUCGAGAACGGGCUGUGGGGCAAGAUCAGCGCCCGGGACCGCGGCCGGCUGCUGUACAGGCUGGCGGAGCUGAUGGAGCAGCAGCAGGAGGAGCUGGCCGCCAUCGAGGCCCUGGACGCGGGCGCGGUCUACACGCUGGCCCUCAAGACGCACGUGGGCAUGUCCGUGCAGAGCUUCCGCUACUUCGCGGGCUGGUGCGACAAGAUCCAGGGCGCCACGAUCCCCAUCAACCAUGCCCGGCCCAACCGUAACCUCACCUUGACCCGGAAGGAGCCCAUAGGGGUGUGCGCCAUCGUGAUCCCCUGGAACUACCCGCUCAUGAUGCUGUCCUGGAAGACGGCCGCGUGCCUGGCCGCGGGCAACACCGUGGUGAUCAAGCCCGCCCAGGUGACCCCACUCACGGCCCUCAAGUUCGCAGAGCUGACCCUCAAGGCCGGCCUCCCCAAGGGCGUGGUCAACGUGCUGCCCGGGUCAGGCUCGCUGGUCGGCCAGAGGCUCUCGGACCACCCGGACGUGAGGAAGGUCGGCUUCACCGGCUCCACGGGCGUGGGGAAGCACAUCAUGAAAAGCUGCGCCCUGAGCAACGUGAAGAAGGUGUCCCUGGAGCUGGGCGGGAAGUCGCCCCUCAUCAUCUUCGCGGACUGCGACCUCAACAAGGCCGUGCAGAUGGUCAGGGCCGGCGCGGGGAGGACGGGGCAGCGGGACAGCGGGGACAGGCCGGGGGGCCGGUCGUCAAGGCCGGGCUUUGACGGCUCAAAGGCUCAGACGUCCGCGUCCGAGAUUGGCCGCUCGUCCUCUGUCCCGCCCCCCGGCGACCACACCCAUGGGUUGUCCUGCAGACUGUGCUGCGUGGAGGAAGUGAGGAAGAUGAAGAUCGGGGACCCCCUGGACCGGGCCACCACGCACGGCCCGCAGAACCACCAGGCCCACUUGGAGAAGCUCCUGGAGUACUGCCGCCGCGGCGUGCGGGAGGGGGCCACCCUGGUGUGCGGCGGGAACCAGGUCCCCAGGCCAGGGGGGACGGGGACUGGGGAUCUGGACACCUGGAUUGUCCCGGACUUCGACUUUCGGCGGCUGCGACGGGUGAUGCGGACAGGCUUGGAAUGCGGGACCGUGUUCGUCAACACCUACAACAAGACGGACGUGGCCGCGCCCUUCGGCGGCUUCAAGCAGUCCGGCUUCGGCAAGGACCUGGGGGAGGCCGCGCUCAGCGAGUACCUGCGCGUGAAGACGAACUGCAUCGCGGCCGGCCGGCUCUUCGUGGAGGACGCCAUCCACGACGAGUUUGUGCGGCGGGUGGUGGAGGAAGUGAGGAAGAUGAAGAUCGGGGACCCCCUGGACCGGGCCACCACGCACGGCCCGCAGAACCACCAGGCCCACUUGGAGAAGCUCCUGGAGUACUGCCGCCGCGGCGUGCGGGAGGGGGCCACCCUGGUGUGCGGCGGGAACCAGGUCCCCAGGCCAGGAUUCUUCUUCGAGCCCACGGUGUUCACGGACGUGGAGGACCACAUGUUCAUCGCCAAGGAGGAGUCCUUCGGGACCGUGUUCGUCAACACCUACAACAAGACGGACGUGGCCGCGCCCUUCGGCGGCUUCAAGCAGUCCGGCUUCGGCAAGGACCUGGGGGAGGCCGCGCUCAGCGAGUACCUGCGCGUGAAGACGGUGACGUUCGAGUACUGAAGCGAGGCCGGCUCGGCCUCCACCUCCCGGUCCCCGGCGAGGCCGUCACCCCUCGGCCUGCCGCUGGCGUGGCGAC